UAGAGUUUGACAGUCUCUAGGAGGAGAACCGCUUCCUUUACCAUUUCUCGGCCGCGGCAGCAGCCAUCCGGUUCCUCCGGUCCAACCCAUCCAGCCGCGUCCACGUACGCAGGAUUCUUCUCGAUGAAGACCGCGAAGCUGUCGCCUACCCUGAAACUCACGGAAAAGGGCUCGUUCCGUUUUGUGCCGAAAACCCCCACCUCCGUAUCGAACGGCGCGUUAGCCUCUAGAAGAAUAUAUUCUCAUCAGCCUGUCACUAUAUGAGACCUCCGCAUGGUGCCGAGCACCACCAAAAACACCGGUUUGAGCAUUCUUAUUUGGAAGAUUGGUAUUCUGGGAUCAGUCACUGUUCUGUUUCGAACAGCGUGGCGAAAUGGGCACUCGAAGCCCUGGCUCUUCCUGGCAGCAUUUCGGUCGUUCUAGAUUGCGAUUCGACCCCUGAGCAAUGCUCUCAAAUGUUUGAAGAAGCGGUCGUUCAAGACGCAGUAUGGCAGAAAGUCCAAGAAGAAUGCUUUGCUCGCCAACUUCUUCCCCCUCCUGUUUGGGAAUGGAGAUCUAUGCACUCUACGAACGCCUUUAUAUGCCAGGAUUUCCCAAAAAUUGUUCAAGAUAUCGUCAACGGGACAUCAGUCAUCUCCUGCAACUUCCCAAUCAACGAGUUUUCUGAUAUUAAUGUGGAGCAGUUGAUUUGGGAUCAUCGCGGAAUGUCUAUAUACGACUGGGAGGAAAAGAUGUAUGAGCGGUCGCAAAGGCCUGGUUUCCAACCUGUCGCUCCGCUACCUAAUCUCGGCACCAUUUUGAGGCAAAAUGCCAACCUUGAGAGGAGCAGUAGGGAUUCCCCGUCGCGGUUCCAACAUAGCUCAUACGGCAUCGAGAUUUGCACAAUCAACGGGCAUUGCUCCAAGUUUUGGAGUCAUACCUGCUGGCCCAUGAGCCUUACCACCGCCAUGCAAGAUCAAAGUUUUCGCCCACGGCACAUAAAACGCACCAAAUGUCUGGCUGCACAGGAUCGCUGUUUCGCUGCCCAAAAAGACCAUAUUAGCAUAAGCGACUAUGAUGAGGGAGGGUUAGAGCACACCAGGACCAUUCCUUCACGAAGAAGCUUCACCAAACAAACAAAAAUACAAAUCACAAUAAGCUCCCGCAUAUUAGAUGACUUGGGGGGUUAAGGUGGAACACAUACGCACUACAUCAACCAACGCGCUAAUCGAGCGCUCAGACUAGUACAAUGGACAUGUUCAAGUGCCCCGUUGUACCCCAUACCUGUGCCGACAAAGUAAAGACCGGAUGAGUCAAUAUACCCGGGGAUCCCCCGAAAGGGAAGGCAGUCCUCAAGCUCGAUGAACAACAGCAGAAUGCCUUGUUACGGAAAGGCCUAGGCCUAACGUUGGUAACCGCUGGGAACAAAGCCGACGAGAGGAAGCUGAAGGCAUGGUUGAAGCGGCUGGAGGAUGUGGAAAAGCCGUGGGAAGACCUAGAUGGGGAUAUGAGGGAUUGGAUAACAGGUAUUGGAAAUAGGCGUUUCGGCCGCC